AUGGCCAGAGUCGGUAAGCCGGCUCCCGACUUCACCGCUACAGCGGUGAUGGACGGCAAGCUGAAAGAAAUUAGUCUGAGUGUUUAUACUGGUGCCAACCAUUGGGUCGCUCUCAUAUUCUUCCCAAAAGCAUGGUCAUUUGUCUGUCCAACCGAGAUCCGCGCUUUCAGCGAACGUCUCGAAGAGUUUUUAUACUCUCGUUCUUGCGCUGUUGUCUUCGCCUCGACAGAUACAGAGCUUUGUCUUCGUGCUUGGAAUCAUACCAAUGAGAUGGAGGGAGGCCUUGGUGGCGUUCACGUACCUCUUAUGAGCGACAGCAAUCACAAAAUCAGCCGCGACUACGGUGUCUUGCUCGAAGAGGAAGGUGUCGCUGAGAGAGCUCUCUUUAUCAUCGACCCCAAGGGUAAUGUCAGAAACAUCACAAUCAGCGACGCAGAUGUUGGACGCAGUGUGGAUGAGACUUUGCGUAUCAUCGAUGCUCUUGCCUUCAAGGACGAGUAUGGAGAAGGAUGUCCUGUCAACUGGAAGAAGGGCGAUGCAGGCCUCAAGAUGGCCGAGCAGACCAAGGUCAACGGCCCUCUCGAGAUGAAGAAGUCCUGGAGCGAGUGGGCUAGACCAAAGCUCCAGCGUGCUUGGAGUGGUCAAUCACAGAGGUCUAUUGGGAGUGGUGCUAUCAGGACUAUGAGUUCGUUCAGACCGGUCUCUGAGACCGUGACACCGCCUUCACCUCUUGUUUCACCUACCAGCUCUACAAUUGGUAUCAUGGAGAGGAAUAUGGAAGCUGCCAUGGCCAAUCACCACAUCGGUCUCGCUACUUAG